CGACGCCAGGGUGGGGGGGUUAAAUGGAUCGCCAUUCCAGUUACAUCUUCAUCUGGCUGCAAAUCGAGCUGUGCGCCAUGGCCAUCCUGCUCACCAAAGGUGAAAUCCGAUGCUACUGUGAUGCAGCCCACUGUGUUGCAACUGGCUAUAUGUGUAAAUCGGAGCUGAAUGCCUGUUUCUCGAGACUUCUUGACCCCCAGAACACGAAUUCCCCACUUACUCAUGGCUGCCUGGACUCUCUUGCAAGCACAGCAGACAUCUGCCAAGCCAAACAGGCACAAAACCACUCCGGCACCGCUGUGCCCACAUUGGAAUGUUGUCAUGAAGAUAUGUGCAAUUAUAGAGGACUGCAUGAUGUUCUCCCGGCUCCCAAGGGGGAGGCUUCAGCAGGGCAAGGAAGCCGCUAUCAGCACGACAGCAGCCGAAAUCUCAUCACCAAAGUCCAGGAGCUGACCUCUUCCAAGGAACUAUGGUUCCGAGCAGCCGUCAUCGCGGUCCCCAUCGCCGGAGGGCUGAUCUUGGUGCUGCUUAUCAUGCUGGCUCUGAGGAUGCUCCGCAGUGAGAACAAGAGACUGCAGGACCAGCGGCAGCAGAUGAUCUCUCGUUUGCACUAUAGUUUUCAUGGACACCAUUCCAAAAAGGGCCAGGUGGCCAAGUUGGACUUAGAGUGCAUGGUCCCGGUCAGCGGGCAUGAGAACUGUUGUAUGACCUGUGACAAAAUGAGACAGACUGACCUCAGCAACGAGAAAAUUCUCUCGCUGGUUCAUUGGGGAAUGUACAGUGGGCAUGGGAAGCUGGAAUUUGUAUGACCAAGUUUUAUCCAAGUUAAACUAGAUGGAGAAAAAAAACAACAACAGAAAAAAAAAUAACUCUUGAAGGCCUUUGGGUUCUGCUGGACAGGAGCACUUUAUCUGAAGAAAAACAAAACAAAUUUCACUAAGCGUCUUUGAGAGACAGAAUAGCCUCUACAAACAGAGUCUUGGAGAUUUCUUCUGAAGGAUUAUUUGCACAGAUUUAAAAUACACUCAAAUGUAUUAUUUGCUUUAAAGCUGUAAAAGCAAAAAGUAGAAGUUGUACACUGUCACCAGGAUUAUUUGAAUUGUAGGGAGCUGGAAAUGAGUACCAAAAUAAACUGAAAUAUACAGUAUACAAGCUCCUAUAUGUUUCUUGAUUUAUUGUAAAGAUUUAAAUAUAUAUAUAUAUAUAUAUUUUGUCUGAAAUUUAGUGGUGUCUUUCUUAAAUUAAAAAAAAUAGUUAGAAGAUGAUCUAACUGCAGGAUUAGCUUGUAUAUUUGAGGCUCUGUUGCAAGGAAUCAAUGCUCAAUAAAUGUUUUGAUCUGAUCUAUUACAGUGUUAAAAGUACCAAGAUUGUACUGUUUUCAUAUGUGUUGUUUUGGGUAAUUUGGAUAGUGCCUAAAUGUGCAAUAUCCAUUCUUCUUUCCCUUACCCAGAAUUGUCUGUGGGAGGAGAACUCUCUUUUUUCAGCCUUCUCUUUAAUGCUAAUUUUAAUUAUCCCAGGCCAGGUAUGUCAGUUGAAUCUCUAUGAAAUGCUUCUAGUAUUGGUUUUAAUUUCCUUUACCUUUUUGCUUAUAAGUUAUUUUUUCCUUCUAGCGUCUAAUUUUUUUUAUUUAAGUUGAUCACUUUUCAGUUGUAUUGUUGAGUGAUUGGUUCUUUAUUCCAUUUUGUUUCAAGCUUAAAUGGACUAAACUUUCCAUUGUACCAUAGCUCUUAUUUUCUAAAACGUGUUUGUUCUUUAUACCCUCAUCUCUCUUAUUCCCCUAGGUUUCUAGAGAGCCUAACAAAACUGAGCCUGGUGUGCCAGCUAAGACCUGAAAAUGGUAUGGUGGUAGGAAGUUAUCCCUUUACCUUAUUUUACACUUAGACCUCUGAUUAAUACCACCUAAUGUAGCAUUGAUGUUAGCCAAGUGACUAAUGUGAUUAAAUAAACAAGAUCUUAUUCACUAUA